AUGGCGCUUCCUCUUAUGUCAUCAGAAGUGCCCAAGAGGUCUUUUGAAGAGUAUUUGAUGUUCUUCAGGCACUAUAAGAAGAGGUCUGCUGCUCAGUGGCAAGUGGUGCUCAAAAGAAGUUAUCCUUUGUUCCAGCCUGAAUACAGACUGUUUGAAAUAGAGCCUGAGGAUGAAACGGCCAGAAUUGACUUCAACUCUCAUCUGACCAAGGCUCUGCCUUUUGGUAUAGGUAAGCCUCCCAACUCUCAUCUAGGGGGAGAGGUUUAUCAACCAAACUUCUGUGCCAGGCAAUUUGGCUGCCCCUAA